CGGCCGCCGCCGUGAACAUGGGCUCCGGCGACAAGGCCAUGUUACGACCCCGAUCGCCGGCGGCGCUGCUCGCCGGAGAUCCGAUAGAAUAGGAGUAGAGACGGGAGGAAGAAGAGAACACGAGAAGCAGAGGAGGGGAAUCUUUUCUUUUUUCUUCGAUAGUUUUGGACGCGGUAUCCCCCUCACACACGCGACACAUACUCCUCAGGUCCCACCACUUAGUGGCUUACAGGUUACAUAAAUAAAUUACGCAAUCUUAUUGAGAAAACGCCUUUCCUCUGUACGUUUUCCACCUCUGCUCUGAUUCAGCACAGCGAUUGUUGCUCAUCAGACAACCGCUGUGACAGGCCACCACCUCCAAGCACCACCGCCGCGACAAGGACAAGGACCCCGACCGCGAGCGCCCCUCCUCCUCUCGCCACCACCACCACCACCACCACCGCGACGACAAGGACGGCGAGCGUGACCGCGACCGCGAUCGCCACCACAGGGAGAAGGAGCGCGAUCGCGAGGAGCGCAAGGCGCGGGAGCGCGACAAGGAGAAGGAGCGGGCGCGGCGGCGCGAGGAGUCGUCGCGGUCGAGGAGGCAUGGGGCGUAGGAGGAGGAGGAGGGAGAGGGGGAAGAUGAGGACCGCCACCGCAAGCGCCGCCGCCGGUCCUCGCACCACCACCACCACCGCGGCGACGCGGAGCCGGAGGCGGCGGCUGCCAUGGAGGAGGAGGAGGUGGUGGUGGUGGUGGAUGAGGAGGAGUCCGAGAGGCGGCGUCAGAAGAUGAUUGAGGAGGAGAAGAAGCGGCUCGACGAGGAGAUGGAGCUCCGCCGCCGCCGUGUCAAGGAGUGGCAGGAGCAGAAGCGGUUGGAGGAGGAGGAGGCGAAGCGCCGCGAGCAGGAGGCGGCGGCCGGUGCUGGCACUCCUGCCGCGGCCGCUGGGGCCGACGGCGAUUCCAAUGCCGGGAAGAAGUGGACUCUGGAUGGUGAGGAGUCUGAUGAGGAGGGAUACAAGGAGGAUAGCCAAAAUGCAGAAGAUGACGGUGGCAUCACUGCCGAUUUGCCGAGUGAGGUGAAUGAUGCAAAUGUUGCUGCUCCUAUGGAGGAGGAUGAGAUUGAUCCGCUCGAUGCAUUCAUGAGCUCCAUGGUGUUGCCGGAGGUCGCAAAGCUGGAGACGGCUGUGGCAUCAAUGGAGAGCAUGCCUGCUUCCAACAUGGGUGAUAAGAAUGGUAAAAGUGCAAAGGAUGCUGUGAGUAAUGGUGAUAAGAAAGGGCAAAAGAAGGCAAUGGGGAGAAUUAUGCAAGGGGAUGAUUCGGACUCUGAUUAUGAUGACGACGACGACGAUGAGGGUGGAUCGAAAGAUGAGGAUGAUGAGGAGUUCAUGAAACGUGUCAAGAAGACGAAGGUAGAAAAGCUGGCUAUUGUUGACCAUUCCAAAAUUGAGUACCAGCCAUUCCGGAAGAAUUUGUACAUUGAGGUGAAGGAUAUCACAAUGAUGACAGGAGAGGAAGUGGCUACCUACAGGAAAAAUCUGGAGCUCAAGGUACAUGGGAAAGAUGUGCCCAAGCCAAUAAAAACAUGGGUGCAGAGUGGGCUGACCAGCAAGCUCCUUGACACCAUCAAGAAGCUUGGUUUUGAGAAGCCGAUGCCUAUACAGGCACAGGCAUUACCAAUCAUAAUGAGUGGGCGUGAUUGUAUAGGAAUUGCAAAGACUGGAUCGGGCAAGACUCUAGCGUUUGUCCUGCCAAUGCUCAGGCAUGUCAAAGACCAGCCGCCUGUUGUGCCUGGAGAUGGCCCUAUUGGGCUCAUUAUGGCUCCUACCAGAGAGCUCGUGGUGCAGAUACAUUCAGACAUUAAGAAGUUCGCGAAGUCGCUUGGCAUCAACUGUGUAGCUAUCUAUGGAGGUUCAGGUGUUGCCCAGCAGAUCAGUGAACUAAAGAGGGGCGCUGAAAUUGUUGUUUGUACACCGGGCAGGAUGAUCGAUAUCCUUUGCACCAGCAGUGGAAAGAUUACUAACCUUCGGAGAGUUACAUUCUUGGUGAUGGAUGAAGCUGAUAGGAUGUUUGAUAUGGGCUUUGAGCCUCAGAUUACUCGGAUAGUUCAGAAUACCCGCCCAGAUAGGCAGACUGUUCUUUUCUCAGCCAUUUUUCCACGGCAGGUGGAGAUACUGGCACGUAAGGUGCUGACAAAGCCUGUUGAGAUCCAGGUGGGUGGGAGGAGUGUCGUCAACAAAGAUAUCACACAACUGGUUGAGGUGCGGCCAGAAAAUGAGAGGUUCUUGAGGCUGUUGGAGUUGCUUGGAGAGUGGUUUGAUAGAGGCAAAAUUCUUGUUUUUGUCCACUCACAAGAUAAAUGUGAUUCUCUACUUAAAGACUUGUUUCAGCGUGGAUAUCCAUGCUUAUCUUUACAUGGUGGGAAAGAUCAGACUGACCGUGAAUCAACUCUUGCUGAUUUCAAGAGCAACGUAUGCAACUUGCUGAUUGCUGGUUGUGAAUUAGAUGUGAAGUAGCUUGAGCUGGUUGUGAAUUAUGAUGUCCCUAACCAUUAUGAGGACUAUGUUCAUCGUGUUGGACGAACUGGUCAUGCUGGUAGGAAGGGCUUUGCUGUGACUUUUAUUUCUGACGAAGAGGAGCGGUAUGCACCAGAUCUUGCCAAGGCUCUGGAGCUUUCUGAACAGGCUGUUCCACAGGACCUUAAAGGCCUAGCUGAUCGUUUCAUGGCAAAAGUGAAGCAAGGAACAGAACAGGCCCAUGGAACAGGGUAUGGUGGAAGUGGUUUCAAGUUCAAUGAAGAAGAGGAUGAAGCUCGGAGAUCUGCAAAGAAGGCUCAGGCAAGGGAAUAUGGAUAUGAGGAGGAUAAGUCAGAUUCGGAUUCUGAUGAGGAAGGAGGGGUUCGUAAGGCGGGGGGUGACCUUGCAGCACAAGCUAUUGCUGCUGCCCAAGCUGCCGCUACUUUGGCUGCAGCCAAGGCUGCUAGUAAUGCCAAUCAGCAAGUACAAAGCACCAAUGCAGGGUCCUUACUUUCUAUACCUGUCGUAGCCAAUGCUCCAAAUAAUGAGGCCACGGCACGUGCACUUCAGGCUGCAUUGAACAUUCAGCAAAAUUUAGCACGGAUACAGGCACAUGUAGUCCCAGAACAUUAUGAGGUUGAACUUGACAUUAAUGAUUUCCCACAAAAUGCACGCUGGAAGAUCACUCACAAAGAGACUUUGGGUCCUAUUCAGGAUUGGACUGAAGCUGCAAUCACUACAAGGGGGACAUUUAUUCCUCAAGGAAAAAUUGUUGGUGCAAAUGAGCGCAAGCUGUACCUGUUCAUAGAGGGACCCACUGAAUUAUCUGUCAAGAAGGCGAAAUCAGAAUUGAAACGUGUCCUUGAGGAUUGUGCCAAUCAUGCUCUGAACCUUCCUGGUUCUGCCCAAACUGGAAAGUACUCUGUUAUUUGAGCUGCGGAUUGCUAACAGAACAGCUAAUUCAGAGAUGCAGGGUUUUCUUGUGAAGGUCUUUCUUGGAAGGUGGACUGCGAUUCUUGUCUUCCUUGAUGACGGCGUUAUCUGCAACAUCCGUGCUGAGAAGCUGGAUAAGUGGCAGGUUAGGGUGUUCUAUGUGAAAGUUGCUGAUCCACUAGGUUACAGCAUCACUGAAUGAUCAUGCCAGAUUGCACACUACAUAUUGUAGCCUACCAAAAGACAGGCAAAGCCACAUAUUCACCAGCCAAAAAAAGAAGUCAUCGUCCUAGGAGCUUGAUGGAGAACCAGGCUCCUCACAACUGCGUUGCUGAUAAUUGCAGUUAAAUUUGUUGAAAUCCAAGGAUUUGUUAGGCUUUUUAGGAGUGCCAAUCACUCAUAACAGGGAUUAAAGUGAGAUCGUUGUUCGUUGAGUUAUACAGAACAAUGAAAAGCUGUUUGAGCAAAGGCCAUUAACUUGAUGCAAAAAAUGAAAUUCGGCUAGCUUUACCUGCUUUUGAUUUCAUUGGCUUAUAUCAUUUGAGGUAGCAAGUUAAUGUCUAGACUCUAGAAAGCAGGUUUUCCAUAACUGAAUGAUUCAUUAUGUGAUAAAAACAUAAUUAGCUGGCA